AGAUACAGAAGAAAACUCCUGAUAAAUGAAUUUUCAAGAGAAAGGAAGUCCUCCUCAGGAAGUUCUGAUUCAAAGGAGUCCACUGUGACAGUAGAACUUGAGACAGAUGAAGUGGUUUUAAUGAGAAGACAGAAACAGAUAAAUUACGGCAAAAACACAAUUGCAUAUGAUAGAUACGUCAAAGAAGUUCCUAGGUGCCAUCGUGUACCAGGAGUUCAUCCCAGAACUCCCAAUAAGUUCAAGAAGUACAGCCGCAGGUCAUGGGACCAGCAGAUUAAACUGUGGAAAGUUGCACUGCAUUCCUGGGAUCCACCGACUGAAGGAGGAUGUGAUCUGCAAGAAAUCUGUCCUGUUGACCUUGGUGAGAUGGAGACAGAAUCUGUUGGAAGCAAUUCUGAGUCUCAAACAAGCUGUCAAGACAAUGAUGAUACGUGUUCUGGCACUCCCACGAAACUUAGACAUGUUGAGUAUCAAGCAGAAGGUGAAUUUGACCUGGAAGUGUGUUUGAGUGAACCACUGAAAGAAUUUGAUACUAACCCAGAAGACGAUGCAACCUUCAGACCAAUUCCACAACCAUGGAAAAGCUAGUACCCUCAGUUCAUGGGUG